CUUCACUCUGGGUCCAAGUCCAACUUAUCAAGGACGGUCCACGUAAAUAUGGUCAGCAUCAGUUUGCAGCGCACCGAAGAACAUCAGCAUAACUGGAAUUAAAUUGUCCAAACUGACAAACCGGAGAAGCUUUCACCUGUCGUUAUUACAAAGCUGCACCUUCCUACCUCCUCGGCAACCACCAGCAUUUCCCUCCUGAAGGCAGCGCACCCCUCCGUGCUGACAGAGAGAGUCGGCCUGAUGUCCUCUGUUGUAGCCCCAGAAAAGCCCACCUCCAACACCAUGGGCCCCAAAGAGGUGGAGCUGAUCCUGGUGAAGGAGCAGAAUGGGGUUCAGUUCACCUCGACCACCUUAGUGGCUCCGACUCCUACUCAGACCAACCCCAGUGGAGAGGAGGAGAGGGAGACCUGGGGGAAGAAGAUCGACUUCCUCCUGUCUGUUAUUGGAUUCGCUGUGGACCUCGCCAACGUCUGGAGAUUCCCCUACCUCUGCUAUAAGAAUGGAGGAGGUGCGUUCCUGGUGCCAUACAUGUUCUUCAUGGUGAUAGCAGGGAUGCCUCUCUUCUACAUGGAGCUGGCUCUGGGACAGUAUAACAGAGAGGGGGCUGCAGGCGUCUGGAAAAUCUGUCCCAUAUUUAAAGGCGUAGGCUUCACAGUGAUCCUUAUUUCCCUCUACGUUGGUUUCUACUAUAACGUCAUCAUCUCCUGGGCGCUGUUCUACCUCUUCUCCUCGUUCACCAGCGAGCUGCCGUGGGUCCACUGCAACAACACUUGGAACAGUCCUAACUGCUCUGACUGGGCUGACAACAGCUCAUUCAGUGACAUUUACAAGGCCACCCCUGCUCAGGAGUACUUUGAACGAGGGGUGCUCCACAUCCAGGACAGUAAUGGUAUUGAUGAUCUGGGCCGUCCACGCUGGCAGCUGACUUCCUGUCUAGGUGUCGUGAUUGUUUUGCUCUACUUCAGUCUCUGGAAGGGAGUCAAGACCUCUGGCAAGGUUGUGUGGAUCACAGCCACAAUGCCCUAUGUGGUCUUGACUGUGCUGCUGAUCCGUGGAGUCACUUUGCCCGGAGCCAUCGAUGGCAUUAAGGCCUACCUCUCAGUGGACUUCCUGAAACUCUGUGACGCCAAGGUCUGGAUCGAGGCAGCGACACAGAUCUGUUUCUCUCUGGGAGUGGGGUUUGGUGUGCUAAUUGCAUUUUCCAGCUACAACAAAUUCAGCAACAACUGUUACAGAGAUGCCAUCAUCACCAGCUCCAUCAACUCUUUAACCAGUUUCUUCUCCGGAUUUGUGGUCUUCUCCUUCCUUGGGUACAUGUCCCACAAGCACAACGUAGCCCUGGACAAAGUUGCCAGAGACGGUGCCGGUCUGGUGUUUGUCAUUUACCCAGAAGCCAUUGCAACAUUACCUGGAUCAUCUGUGUGGGCGGUUAUCUUUUUCAUCAUGCUGUUGACACUGGGCAUUGACAGUGCUAUGGGUGGGAUGGAAUCGGUUAUCACAGGGCUGGUUGAUGAGUUUAAAUGCCUCCACAAGCACAGAGAGCUGUUCACCCUCUUCAUUGUUGUUUCCACCUUCCUCAUAUCCCUCUUCUGUGUGACAAAUGGUGGGAUGUAUGUGUUCACUCUGCUUGACCACUUUGCGGCAGGAACAUCAAUUCUCUUUGGAGUGCUUAUUGAAGCCAUUGGCAUCUCAUGGUUUUAUGGAGUGGAUCGAUUCAGUGAUGACAUUGAGGAGAUGAUUGGCCAGCGACCAGGCAUAUAUUGGAGGUUGUGCUGGAAGUUUGUCAGCCCCUGCUUCCUCCUGUUUAUGGUGGUGGUGAGCUUUGCCACGUUCAACCCUCCAAACUACGGCACCUACACGUUUCCUCCAUGGGCUAACAUGGUGGGGUGGUGUCUGGCCAUUUCCUCAAUGUCCAUGGUGCCUCUCUACGCCAUCUAUAAACUCUGCAUACUGCCUGGAAGGUUUUGCGAUAGACUGGCUUAUGCCAUCACCCCGGAGACAGAGCAUCAUUUGGUAGACAACGGGGAGGUUCGGCAGUUCACGCUGCAUCACUGGUUGGUGGUUUGAGAGAGAGAGCGAGAGAGAGAGAGAGCGAGAGAGAGAGAGAGCGAGAGAGAGAGAGAGAGAGAGAGAGAGAGAGAGAGAGAGAGAGAGAGAGAGAAUAUGGUGGAUGAAUGCAUGCACAGCAAAGGUCUGAAGAACUAAGAAGAAGAAAGACAUAGCCAUUUAAAUCAAUCACGGUGGUGGUGGUAUAAAAGUGCCGACAAUUUAGUGUGCUUCAAUUUCAACAGUGGAUGUGUGAAGCUGUGCAUUGACCCUAUCCACCAUUGUGUUGACACUGGUAAAUGGGAUUCAGUCAAACACAUAACGUAGCGUUCAGACUGCUUCUUCCUUAAAUAUAAAACUCUUCCAGAAUGGAAUUGUAAUUCUAUUUCUUUGAAGCAAGAUGAACAAUAAAAUAUUUAGUUCAUGGUUAGUUUGUGGGGUGAAAUUGAGUUACUUUUUACCCUUUUUUUCACUUAUUUUAAUUUUGUAUUAUUCAUUCUAUAUCUUCUCAGUCAAUUAUCAUCGAGCAGUAGGUGGCAUGUUUUAUUUCAUUGUGUCAUUUUGGAUCAAUACAAUAUAAAAAUAUAAUUCAGACAUGUCAGUCAGUCAGACAUGUAAUGAAUGCCACAGGUUUCACUGAAUCCCAGUCCACGUCCGUGUCUUGUUCAUUAUGUUUAUUUAUUGUCUUGCUCUUUUUAAAGACUGUUAUAAUACACGUGAUUCCUGCUGACUUUGAGAACAAGUACUUUUGUUUACAUCAAAACAAUGUACAGGAAAGAACCAUUGCUACUUCAAUAGACCAAAAUAACAUUGUCUGAAUAAAAUAAAAGUACAUCUGAAUGAACAGUACCUGAGCGUUCUGACUGAAGACACAUCGCUUUCAAAUCAAAAACAUUGAUUGUCUGAAAAAAAGUUUACACUUUACAAGUCUUGAUCUUAGUCAUGUUGGAUGGAAUAACAAAACCCCAAUGUGACCAGUAGUGCAGUUUGGUAUUUGUGUCAAGUGUUGGUUUAUUGUAACGCUGUUAUUCCAUCACAUGGGAAAAAAACUAGCUGCCCUGAAGCUCUGUCAGCCUGAUAAGUGAACAAACACUCCGUUCUUAACUUUUGACUUCCACACAAUAGUCACUGACAAAAACAACAUCAUAAGCCACACUGCUAAUUUAAUCAACCAAAGACUAAAAUCAUUUUUUUUCUUUUAAUCAACAGACCACUUGAUUGUUAACUUUAUCACACCGGUUCAAUCUCUCUCUAUAACAAAUUAGUGUCGAUGCACAUUUGAUUUUGGUAUAAUUGAACACGCAUAACGCUUUUAUUUUACUGUUUACAUAAUCGUAUUAAGUGUUUCAAGACUGUUUUAAAAAGCUGCUUUUUAUUGAACUUCAAAUGAAUAGUGUGUAAUGUAAUAUAUGAAGUAAUUUAAGUUAUAUAUCUAUGUAAGUAAAUGUAAUGUAGAGGGGCUUGUAUCGUAUUGUACUGUAUGAUAUUGAAUAACAAGACCAA